UGUACAAAGAGAAUUGAAGGAGAAGGGCCCCCUGAAAGGUCUCCAGUCGAUAUAUGAGAAGCUCGACUCAAUGGACCGAGAUGAGAUCGUGGACUUUAUAAGUCCUUCAAAAUAUUUCGCAUGGAACCUUCAACCUUCAAAAGACGGCAAAUCCGGAUCUAUAGAGUUUCGUCGACCACCGGGAGUAGACACAGCGAAGAAAGCAAAGCAUUGGAUUGCGUUUACGAUGGCCUUCGUUUGGAUGUCUGUGAAGUUUAGCCCGGAGGCGUUUAUAGAUGCGAGUUCGAAGGUCAAAGGCAAUUUCCGUAAACUUUACCAUCCGGAUUUCCAAGAGCAGCUACUACUGUCGGCGCGAGAUAUUGGGGAAUAUUCGAACUUGGACCCGCGGCUGCAGCAGGAAGAUGACAUGCAGAACCUACAUAUCACCAUGAUGGAUAAGGCUAGUUUUGAAUGGUUGAAUAGAGACGAGGCUAUCAAUGGAGCAAAAAUAAUUAAGUCAAUAAUUAAGUCAUUUGAAGUAGCCGGUACGAAGUGUAGUCGCUACGGUUAGCUAGGGAGUAUGGAUAAUGGCAGAAACUGGAUUUCAUAUUUUGUUUUUCAACUCUCGUGAAUGCUG